CGUUCGCAGCUUCUUGUGACGGCUCAUGUGCGAGAGUGCUCCUAAAUGGUUCUGUUGUCCCUCUCAAACUGGUGAUUCUGGCAUUUUGACAGUGUCCUAUUGCUUGCAACAUCAUGGCUCCAUCUCCUAAAGAAGAUAACAUUUCAAAACUGGAACCGGAUGAUGAUGGCUCCUGGAUUGAUGAACAACUGCUACAACAAGUCUUGGACGAAAAGGCGAUUAUUGUUAACAUUGACGUGAAGCGUGCAACCGGCAAGGGAGACAACUAUCUCAGUCUCAUUUACCGCACAUAUGUGGAAUACAGGCUUCCCGAGUCCGAUGACGUACACUCUAAGGACCUGGUUGUAAAAGGAUUUCCACCAGGAGAAUUUAUGCAGAAUUACAUUGACGAAACAGGUGUCUUUAAACGAGAAAUCUCUAUAUACAAUGAUGUCCUCCCUAAACUAUACGCAUUUGCUGAUUCACGCUUAGGUAGCGGUUUAUUCAAGAAAUUCUCCCCUGCUUUCUACGAGACGUCUCGGGAAGACAUUUUGAUUCUCGAAGAUCUCAAACCGCAGGGAUUUGUGAUGGCGUCAAGGAAGAACCGUCUUGAUUACCCACAUGCGAAAUUAAUUAUUCAGAAUUUGGCUCGCUUUCAUGCAUUGUCCUUCGUUUACAGUGAAUGCUACCCUGAGUUUUUAUCGGACUUUGUAGACUCUCUAUUUGGCGAAAUGAAUCGCAAAAGAUUGGAAAUGUUUAUGCCAUCAUUAUUAAAGGGAAUUACAGACACUGUUAGAAAAUGGGAAGGAUUCGGCGAAAUAGCCAGUAAACUGGACAGGCUUCUAGAUACGUUUGUAGAUAGGAUCAUCAAUGUGAAUAACCCCACCGACGCAUUUGUGAACGUUCUCAUUCACGGGGAUUGCUGGGUAAACAAUAUCUUGUUCAACUAUUCCGAGGCCGGAGUGCCCAAAGACAUGAGGUUCGUUGAUUUCCAAAUUGCGAGAAAGACUUCACCAGCAAUUGAACUGCAAUACUUCCUUUUCACGAGUCUCCGCAAUCAGGUGAGAAUCGACCACUUUGAGGACUUGUUGCGCGAGUAUUGCGAAGUAUUUGCGACCUAUGCGAAGAAAUUAGGUUACACUGGAACCGUCUUCACAUAUGAAGAUCUUCAGAAAGAGAUCAAUCGCACACUUUUCUUUGGAUUAUCGUCGGCGAUGACGACAAUGGCCGCGGUGUUAGCUGAGCCAGAAGACACGCCGGACAUGGAGAACAUCACCGAGGAAGAAAUGACUAACGGGGAUCAAGUAGACACAUUCGUUAAAAUGUAUGAAAGCCCAUUGUUUAGAGACGCGUUUGAGAAUUUGUUGCCUUAUUUCGAUAAACAGGGUGUCUUGGACUAGAAUUAAUCGUACGGGCAUGGAAAAUAUUUCCUGAUCUGUGCGCCAUUUUAGUUUGAUUAACAACUCCGUUCUCUACUGGCCUUUUUAAAAAACCUUGUUUAUCAGUAGGCGCGGACCAUAACAUUUCAAUUUUCCCGAAAUUAUGCAUUACGUACAAGGUAGGUAUGGUAUUUCUGAAAAUGCAAUAUCAACGACAUUCUGCUAAACUAUUACUCCACAUACUGCGCACGCUCAUCAUAUUAUUAAUAAAACAAAUCUGUCAAUAUUUCGGUACCGAAAACGUUAAAAAUCAUUGUCGUGAAACACACAUGAAAUGUGUGUGGAUAUGUUGAGAAAUUGCAAACAGACUGCCGUCCAAGGCAUUGUUUAGGAACACAUCUUUCUCAGGGUAGUAAAAAAAGAAUGUGAGAUCAACUUUGUUUCUCCUUUCGAGAAGUUGGUAAGUUAUCGCUUCCGAUGUGUUAUGCGUGCCUUAGAAACUGUUAUUUUGCUGAUACCGCAAUCAAGUAAUAAAAGCCUACACUGUGACAUGAAGUAUAGUGAAACCUGUCUUAAUGUCUUAAGCGGUCCUUCUCAUGGUUCCGAAGAAAAGGUAGCAUCUUGAUGAAAAUGAUAAGAAGCGAAUACAGUUUAAUUUUAGUAUUUGCAUUGUUUGUAAACACAUUUUUCAUUUCACUGGCUAUAAUAUACGGGUUUUUACACGUGUGAACAUAAAUAACACACAUAAAAAAUCCUUCAGCUCUCGGUAUUUGCAUUCCUUUUUACACUAUUUGAUGUCUUCACUCCGCUAGUUAUUUCUUUCCAUUUGUGUACAUGAUUCAGAACCAGCCUUGAAGCCGAUAUACAUAACAAUCUUGAAGCCGUGUACUAGUCCAAAGUUGGGAGCGUACAUGGAAAUUAACUGUUAUCUGAAGACAAUUUUAAUUAUUCCGUAAAAUAGGUAACAUUAUAUAGUACUAUUCUAUGUAUCCUGACAGUGAUUUCGAUCACAGGAAGACACAAAUAAACUAUAUAUUCUACGGUCUCCUCUUCUUGUAGUGUUACGGAUCAAAUUAGAAAAUUCGGCAGGAAAUCAUGACCGUCGAAAACAGAUUAAACUACGAAAUGAGUCUGUCGGAGACCGCGGGUCCAAAUCAAGCGACCACUUAAAAUGUCAUAUGGGAAAAUCUAUCGGUUCCGCAAAUAAGUAACCCUUAACAGAAGUGUCUGCUUAAUCGAUAUCGGCGUCUCAUUAGAUUUCAAAGUACGUACCACCGCCACAAUCCUUACUGUCACUACCCUUAACUUACCCACCGCCACAACCCCAACUCCAUCGUCACCACUUCCUCGAUACACUCCGUAAUCUGUCCCUCGAGUUUUUCCCACUGCCAUUUCCUCAUCCGCUUCUGGAUCACAUUCUGUUGAAAGUGGCCUUGUGCACUCUGGGGGUCCCGUCCAGGUAAUGAUGAUGCUACAAUAUUUGCCAAGGUCAUAGACACCUUCCUCAAAUGCGUUGGAGUGAUAUCCACUCACAUUUGUGCUAUUGUUUAACUCACCUAUUCAAGAGCUAUUUUACAUUUUCUUAAUCAUUUUUGAUUGUUUGAAAGAAUAAUGGCAUUGUAAUACCAUAUUUUGAAACAAUUUUUUCCAGAAAUAAGAAUUUUUUUCAAGAAUCGUAUGUUUUUAAUAUACUUCAUGUAAUUGCAUAAUUAUUUUGUAUAUUAUUAUUUUUAUGAUAUUAUACUUUAGAAUUGAUAGAUGAAUAUAAGCACAACUGAUGUGUUUUUGAACUUUAGUAGGUUAAUGUAUAAAGCAAUAAAGAAUUGUAGCGAGUUGUAAAUUGAUCAAUGAAAACCUUCCAUUGUAAAUAUGUAAAUAUUAUUUAAAACGUAACAAUAAACUCAUGUUAACAC